AUGACUUCCUCACCCAAGAAACACGUCGUCUUUGACGUGGUCGGCACUUGCAUGUCAUACGACGCCAUCUUUGACGCCAUUGACGCCCGCCUGGGCGAGCGGCUGCGGGCCGAGGGCAUCAAGCCCAAGCUGCUGGGCUACACGUGGUUCGAGGCGGCCGAGCGCGAGUACACGUACAUGAGCCUGUCGGGCAGGUACCGGCGCUUCUACGACGUCUUCUCGGCCCUCUUUUACCGCAUGCUGUGGAUGGCGGGCAUUGAGGAGCCGCGCGCCUUUGCCACCGACGACGACCUGGCUUACAUCCUGGGCCGCUUCAUGGAGCUCGAGGCCCGCCCCGGCGUCGCCGAGUGCUUUGCCAUUCUGCGCGAUGCCGGCUACACGGUCUGGGCGUUUACCGCCGGUGAUACCAACCGGGUUGGUGGUUACUUUGUCCGCAACGGCAUUGACAUGCCGGCCGAGAACCUCCUCUCGUGCGAUAGUCUUGAGAUUGGCAAGCCCUCGCCCGAGUCCUAUCAGGUCCUGCUCAAGCAGUUUGGUGCCGAGGAGGCCUGGUUUGCUGCCGCCCACAUGUGGGACGUGUCGGCGGCCAAGAGCACCGGAUUCAAGGGCGCCUAUUGCACAGUCUGGGAAAAGGAACCGUGCACGGCACUCUUCGGCGAGAUGGACGUGAUGGCCGACACCUUUCCGGACAUGGCCCGAAAGAUUGUGGAGGCGUCCAAGUGA